GCUUGUAGAAGCUGACAUGCUGCUGGCUUCAAAAAGGAAAAAGGAAAUUACAGAAUGUGGUCGAGCAAAGUGUUAGAAAAGGCAGGUCAGGACUGGGGAUCAGCAGACACCUGACAUCAGUGUGGGUGAAUCACCACUGGAGCUGAGAGGGACGGAGACAGAAAGGAGGAAAAAGGAAGGGUAAAUAAAAAAAAGGGAGGCGGAUAAGGAGCAGGUGAGGAGGGUGGGGUUGAGAAAACACUGAAGGUGGAAGGUAGACAAACAGAGAGCAGCACGGUGAUCCCCUGAGCCUGACGUCGCCUGAGACAAUGACGAUCUGAGCAGGCUCCACGUUCAUCUGGGAGGAUGUGUGAAAAGAGCCUGUCCGCGUGAAGGAGGGAAACAUGAGCCUCCAAUAACAGGAUCUAUCAUUUUAUCUAGGGUCUAAGUAACAACUGAAGGAGCUGAGGAUGUCUUCGGUAUCAGAUGCAGACUACCGCUGUCAACAUGGGGAUACAAUCUGUGAGAUCCGUGUCUACGAGCAGGAGGUGAUCAUAGUUCCCAUCUUGCUGCUGGCCAGCUUCCUGGUCACCCUGGUCUUCAUUUUGCUGCUGCACUUCUGUCCGGAGAAAGUCGAUCGGAUCCGACCAAAGGCCUCAAAGUCGACCGCCAGGAGAACACUGCACGGUAUCGAUGCUCCACCAGGUAUCAAUGUGCUGGAGCAUGAAAGCAUCGCUCUGGACAUGCCCAGUUCCUACUCCACCUUCAACCCUCCAAGCACCUACUCCUCUAAGAACAACCUCUCCGUGCCUGUGAGCACAGCCUCUCUCCCGUCCGACCCCCAAAAACAGCCCUUCAAGCCCAGCUUCAUUCCCAUCGUCCAGCCCAGGGAGUUGCCCCGCCAGAGGUUGCCCGAGUCCUUCAACCUAGUCACCCCUCUGCCCGUGGCCUUCAGCCUGCGCUCCGACUCCUCUGUGUCCCUCUACAGGGCCCGUAUGGAAAACAGGAACGUGGUCCUGCGGGUGCUGAAUGACUCUGCAGAUGCUUCAGAAAGACACAGCUUCCUGGGUUUUGCAUCCUUCCUGGCUCAGCUUGGGCCUCAUCCAUUCCUGCCGGAGCUGCUCGGUGUGGUGUCCCUGCGAGCUCCUCUGGUCACAGUGGUGGAGGAGCUGGAGAACAGAGACCUGCUCAGCCUCCUGUGGAGAUGCAGACAGGACGGUGUAGCUCCUCCGUGUGAAAUGACUGAGAGAGGAAUAUUUACUAUGGCCCAACAGGUGGCCUCAGCUCUGGAGUUUCUUCACAGCAAAGAUCUUCUCCACGGAAAUAUUCGUGCCCGCAACGUACUGGUCAGCAAGGACUUCACGGCCAAGCUCUGGGGUCUUCAUGGGGUCUACAGGAGGAAGAACCAGGUGGGCACUCAGAGGGAGGAUGCCAGCAUGAAGAAAUGGCAGGCACCAGAGCUGUUGGCCAAGAGGGCUGCCAGUCAGAGCAGUGACGUCUGGUCAUUUGGCAUCUUACUGUAUGAGAUGGCAACACUGGGUGAAGCUCCGUUUGCAGAUAUCUCAGUUAAUGAACUUCUACAGUUUCAUCAAAGAGGGAAGAGUCUGAAAAAACCUUCCAACUGCUCCAACGCUCUGUACUCCAUCAUUAAAGGUUGCUGUAAUUGGAAGGAUCAAGAUCGACCCUCCCUGGCUGACGUGAGCCGAAAGCUCACCUCAGGGGAGAAGAGCGCCUCCGACAAAGUCCUCAAGGCGUCUGGGACGAUUAACAUUGAGCAGUAUCUGCAGGAAGCAGGAUACGGGGAGACCAACAGCUACACUGUUUUCUGAUCACUGCCUGUGCCGGCAAAAUAUAUUGCAAUAUUCUCAAAUACCCCAGUGGUGCACUUUACAACACAGAGUCUUUCAGGUGCAAUUAAAGUGUCCUGUGUAGAUGUGCUUUGGACGCGGAGGUUGUUCUUUUAUUUUGCUGUGUAUUCUCAUACUGUGAUGCAAACAAUGAGAGGAUCUUACACGUAUAAUAAGUUAUUUACCUUUUGAAGCAGUGACUUAUUUGUGGGGGAAAUACAUGAAAUGUUUUAACAGUGAACUGUUACGUAAACUUGACGACGUACAGCUGCUGCAUCCUGACCUUGUGUUAGACACCGUAGAUAUAUGAAGGUUUACCAAUGUUUACAACCUGAAGCUGAUGUAUAUUAAAAGAUGUAAUAUAUGUUAUUACUGCAUUUUUGUACAAUUCUAUAUUAGUUGGAGUUAUGGAAAUGUAGGAUUUGUUAUUGAAAUUACAAUA